AUGGCCGAAAAUUCGUCAACCCCAAUUGCGGAUCUCGUCAAUAAAGUCAAGGAUGGUUCCAUCAAUCUCAGUGAACUCACAGUCCAGAAUUGCCCUCAGCUUCCUCAUGACGACAUCACUGCUAAAGAGCUAGAGAAAGUCUAUGCUCGGAUGGUCGAUGAGGUUUUCAAGAUGGCGGGUUUCAACAAGGUUGAUGCAAUUACCUGCUUCGACAAAUGUGUUGAGAGGCUCGCUCGAGGCAAGCCCUUCUCCGCAUCAACUAUUGGCGACUACAAGGGCUGGAAGGCUGUCAGAAAGUACGUCGACCUUGCCGUGAAGCUACACCGCGAGACUCUUGAGGCUGUUUGCAUUCCAGCACCGCAACUCAUCUCUAUGAUUGUGCUGCUCAACAUUCGUCAGGUGCGAAUAGGGACAGACAGAUUUUUAAGUCAGAAUCCAUUGUUCUUUCGGCUCUUCGGACGCUAUAACAUUUCGCAAUGGCUCCCCUUGGCCAUCAAGUUCUACCGGCGUCUCCGAAAUGACAUUUUUAUCAUCGAGAACGAUGGAAGUCUUGGCGAACCCCAAAUCCGGAAGAAAACUAUCAGCAAGAACGAGGUCUGGAUCGUUAGUGCCAACUUGUCCGUUGAUAACCCGCGCAUUCUUCCAACUCCUUUGGUGGAUCGCAUUACACUACUCGAACCGAUGAUAAACGAGGACGUCGCCAUGUCGGGUCUCAAUGACUCGUCCAUGAGUGAAUCAGGCGAUUCCGACUCAAGCGAACUGGUAACCUUGGCGCUCACAACCACACGAGCUGAAGCGAUUCAGAAGGCGGGAGAUUUACUGCAGAAACUAGAUCAGACUGGUAUCGACCAGGCGUCGCUCAAGCCGCAGUUGGAUGGGUGGCUCAGUGAACCACACAUUCGUGUCAUGCCAGAGGAGGUCAAGAAUGAGCUGUAUUUCUGGUGUGCGAUUCAUUCGCCAAGUUGGUGUGCCCUCAUCCAUUCAUGCCUGCAUGACGACAGAGAGACCUGGGAUUAUGAAACAUCGGUUCCCGUGGGCUGUGAGCUUCACACUCCCGCAGCCGGUGGUUCAAGCUUCUUGCGAAACCUCGGUCGACUUGCUAAGAAGGCCUUGCGCCUUAGCGGUUCCAAUCCCGGAGAAGCCCGGCAAAUCAUGAGCCGCCACCGUGAUGGACUCAAGUUGUUCUCUCUCCACUACGAAAGUGAUGUGCGGACUGACAAGCGCCUCAAGAAGAUUGAAGACGACGUGGCUAGAAUCGCCACCGCUGUGGAGCAGAUCACUACGUCGCGCCACAACAGCAAGGCCGAUAUCACAGAGGUUUGGUCUCUUUGCCUCCAGCACCAGGGCAAUAUCCCAGAGUGCGUCCGACGUCUCGCUGCUUCCAACUUGACUGCUGAAGAGAUGCAGGAGCUGGAGGCUCGCCAGGUGGCCCACUAG